CGGCACUUUGGCAGCAGCGUCGUCGGGGAUUGGCGUCGACGUCGGCAGCAGCAUCGCCUCAGAAGGGCGUCGGUGUCGGCGUCUCACGUAGGCCGCGCCGUUUCCAAGAAACAUUGCUGUGGAACAGCGUCGGCGGAGACAUGGACCGCAAUAUAAGCUACAUAUUCUCGGGAAUCAUCAGUUCCAGCUAGCGUCGAAGGAAAGAAAGCAUGUUUGCCACAUACAUGCGAGCAGAUUUAGAGGAAAUCUGUGAGCGCGGCUAAGUGGGCAUGAGGUCAUUGCCGUGGUCAGGGUGCGUGUCCCAAAAAGGAAGGUCAUCAGGAACGGAUCGUAGACAAUACAGGCGAGGAAUUGUCAUCCCUACCUACGCCUACCAUCUCUACUACAAAAAAACGCGUGGGUGACGCCGAACAAAAAUUAUAAAUGAGGAAACGAUACAAAGGCAUGGAGGCAAGCUGCGUUGAUGUCGGCGGGUUGUUUUUAGGCCGCGUUCGGCCUGCAACGAGGGAUUUUCUUGGAGGCGUCAUCGAUGGAAUGGGAGUCGGCGCCGGGCCAGCGCACACACACAUGGCUGCAUGCAUCGUCAGAACGGCGUCAGCGUCGGCAACAUUGGCUGCGGCGUCGUAUGGGUUGGCGUCGACGUCGGCAGAGAGGAUGGCUGCAGAGGAACGCCGAUUCAUGGAAGCGGCGUCAACAAGUUUGUGGAAGUGGCCGGGGCAGCAUCAGCGGCGUAGCAGGGAAGAAGUCGGCGGCGGCACGGUGGCAGCAGCUUCGUCGGAAAUUUUUGGCAACGGCGGCAGCAGCGCAGCUCCAGACGGGCGUCAUGUCGGCGUCUCACAUCGGGCCGCGCCGUUUCCACGAAAGCUGUAUAUGGAAAGGCGACGGCGGAGGCAUGGCCAGCCACUGAUGGUGCGUAGGCAUAGUAGGCGUCAGGUCGUCGCCGUGGUCAGGGUGCGUGUCCCGGAGGAGGAGGUAGUCAGGUGCGUGUCCCGGAGGAGGAGGUAGUCAGGUGCGGAUCGUCGUCAGUGCGGGUUGCUAAGGACUAGACUCGGAGGAGGUCCCCAGCCAUGAGAAGAUCCAUGAAGGAUUCUUGAUCCCCAAAUGCACUGGAAUCAUUGGAGAGUGCAUUUGAAUCUUCCGCCGUGUUAUCAGAAGGUUCUCGACUUUGCUCUUCAUGGAUUCCUGGAACUCCACAUCCCUCUUGCGCUGUUCGUCGAAUUGCUGUUGGCGCGCUGCUGCUUCUAGUUUAUAGUUUUCUAAUGUAAUUGCAUUUUGAUUUGUAUUGUUAUUUUUAUCCAAUUGUAAUACAUCAGACGGCUGUUGGCGCCGCAUAGGGGGGGUGCGGGGUAUAUAGUUCCUUUUCAGGGGGCGGGACUGGACACCAGGAGUACCCCUUUCAAGGAAGAGAUGCGGUUGAGGACGAUGACUGUGAUGCCCGCGAUACCCAGGAUGGAACCUCUUUUGCAUAUGGAUCUGGCUAACAUGUGGGCGCUGAGGAUGACCAUAUCCAUGGUGAACGUGAUGCCCCCGCGGACGAGGAGCCCCCCUUGCCACCCAUCUCCACUUCAGGUCCUGGUAUAUAGGACAACCCCUGUAGCAGCUGACGUGGGCGCCGUGGCAGUUUGCACAGCAAGCAGGAGUGUCGCGAGGUUUGUUGCAUGAAGCUGAUGGGUGUCUGCCAGCACACUUCAUGCACACAUACCCCCGCGUACACUCCUCCUUUCUGUGUCCAUAAAGCUGGCAGCGGUAGCACUGCGUCAGCAUAUUGCUUUGUCUGUGUAUGGGGAUUGCCUUCGGCCUACCCACUUUCAUUUCCAUUAGGGAGGGGAUAGGUUUGUGGAUCAGGGGCGUGGGGGUCUUCGCCUCGGUCAAUUCUUGGGAGGUCCGUCUGUUUGUCCAUAGCUCUUUAGCGAACUUGCUUUUAAAGUUAGGGGUCUUCAUGUUCUGAGGGGGGAGAGGGGAGAAGUUUGCGCCAUAGUUGUCAAGGUUUUCUCGCAGCUUUGUUGCGAACGUUGUCUUUUCUUUGUCGUCGUUUGGGGGCGGCUUAUGUACUUGCGCUUUUGUCCGAAUCGUUACAGGGCCAGUAUCUACCGAGCUGGCAGGGGAUUUUCGGAGGCUAUUUGUAUUUAUUGGCGGCAAAAUUUCUACCGCCUGAAUCUCAAUUGGGGACUUUAUAACAUUUGGUCGCUUAGCUAUUGCCUCUGGUGGUGUUAGAGGGGGGGAAAGCGGUCGUUUUUGUGUGUCCUUCCUCGUCUCCCUCUCCGUCAUAUAGUCGGCAAAGCUGAAGUCUGCCGCCAAAAUUCCCUUCCACAUCUUGGGCGAGGGGGGAAAUAUUGACUUAUUGAGCAUUUCCCCCUCAGUCAUAAACCCACUUGCUUCUAUACGUUGGCACUCACCACUUUGCGGAGGGCCAUUGUCAAAUGUUGCGUGUUCCUUUGGGCUUGAAGUUUCUUGGUUCCGUGAGACCUCCAUGUUUAAUACUCUUUCCUUUUUGUUUUUAUAUAUGUGUUUUAUUUUAUUUCGAGUUUUGUGAUCAGUGUAUUGUGUGUUUACAGUGUUUUGUGUGUUA